AUGCUAGCCGCUAUAAAAAUCAUUGAGAAGGGGAGCAGAGAUGACAUUUUAAAGUAUAUCUCCAAGUGUGACUUAGUUGAACAUGAUUCUGAUAAUAAUACUUUAUUGCAUUACGCAUGCCUAGCAGGAAACUUAGACGCUGUUCACGUCCUCAUCGAAUCCGGUUUUUACGUAAACGCCUGCAAUGUUGAUGGCAAUACGCCAAUUUGUGAUGCGGCAACUAAUGGUUCAGUUGAAAUAAUCUAUGCUCUUCUACGUUAUGGCGCAAAUGUUAACCCACCGUCAUAUUGGGGCUCCCCUCUAAUCUAUGCAGUUAAAAACGGUCACUAUGACGCAGUUGUUGCUUUGGUACGUGCUGGUGCUGAUGUCAAUGCGUGCGAUCGCACUGGACAAUGCCCAAUACAUUUUUCUGUCAAAGACAAGUUUUAUCCAGCUGUUGAGUGUCUUCUGAUGGCUGGUGCUGAUCCCAACAAACGUGUCCAUCUUACAACGCCUCUUCACAUUGCCGCAGAACUCGGCGAUUCGAAACUUGUUCGUCUCCUCCUCCUCCAUGGCGCCUUUCCUUCGCCAACAGACGCUCGAGGAUUCAAACCCAUUGAUCUUGUUGACAAGGAUUCAUCGCUCUACAAACUAAUUUCUGCAUAUAUGGGUUGGGUUCCGUCACUCCAGUUCCUUUCCCGACUUGCCAUAAAACGCCAAAUUCCCUCGUUGCUCCAUGCCCACGUCUCAUGUCUGGAUCUUCCGGGUCUUCUUUGUGAUUACCUGACCUUUAAGUUCUGA